CCCAGAGCAGCUGGGAGGGGCAACAUGUGGAUAGUGGACAACAGCCUCAAGACAAACAGCACCCCAGCAUUUUUCUGUGCAGUUAGAAUCAGCCCAAGAACCUAAGACAUAAUCUGCAGCCAAAAGACGAACCAUGGAAUCAUUAUCAGAAGAAGCCAUGAAGUAUUAUAUUGUGAAUAAGGUGGAUCCGAGACAACGUCUGCUCUCGAAGAUUGUGGAAGAGGUGCAGGAUAUCAUCCAUCGGUUGACCAAAGAAAUCAGCUACAAAGACAUUAGAUUCCAAGCCAUUCCUAAAUCAAACUAUCACAAUGAGAACAUCAGGGUUUUGGCACCCACCCAGUUUGUCAUUACAGUCCCAAUUAAAGGACUACUUGGGUAUAAAAAGAGCCAGACCCGACGAUGGCGGUAUUAUUCUGUGAGUGGCUCCAAGCUCUUCUCUCCAAUUCGGGAUCCUGAAGAAAUGUACCAAUGGCUGGAGAUAAAUCAGUUUUUGAAGACUCUGCGGCAGUGGCAUGAAACGGAUGUGACUAUGGAAGGAGAUAUCAUGCCAGCAAAGGUCCUUGAAGUCUUCCUGAAGCUGGUGCAAGACUCAGUUAAGACCUGCAACCUCUCUCAUGAAGUCAGCAUAGUAGAAAAUUUCGGUCCCAUGGUUCGAUUAGCUGUGGAGACAUCACAGUUUCAGGUGGAGGUAGAGCUGAUUCCGGUGAUAGAGAUCCUCAACCGUUGGUGUGAAAAAGCUCGCUGGCCUCGAUGUCUCUCACGCUGGCCUUCUCGGGAAAAAGUACAAUGUGUUAAGUCAUUCGGGUAUAACCUGAUGGCUAGCUCCAGCUACCACUGGCAAAUGGGUUUCGACCGAGCUGAGUACAUGCUGAUGGAGGGGAUAGAUGAUGAUGGCGGCUGCAGAAAGAUAUGUUAUCAGGUCCUGAGACAGAUGAAAGAGGAUAUUUGGUGUCCUGGAAAUAGACCCGCCAUCACAUCCCAGCAUCUUCAGACUGUACUCUUUUGGACUUGUGAAAAGUACCCACGUACCAAAGACUGGCGUGUCUUCAGAAAAGCCUUCCUGCGCCUGGUCCGGAAGCUGUACAAGUGUGUGAACCAGCACUACCUGAAACACUUUUUCAUCAAGGGGACCAACAUGCUUCAGUACGUCAGCAGAAAUGAUUUGGAAGAGGUGGCCCAAAAGCUGACCCUUUACCUGAAGAACCCAGUGCUCUACCGAUACUGAGAGCCAGAGAUGGUCUCCAAGGCUUGGCCUUGCCCGACUUCUCCUUUGAUGACCACCACACUGGUGGAAUUUGAGACUCUGACCACCUGCCGUGGUUCUGACGGGGCAAAGGAGACGUGAACCCAAAGCAUUUCAAACUGGAUCCUACAAUGUCCUACCCAUACCUAUGUGGUUUGGGUUAAGUAUUUCACUUCUAAACGACCUCACUUGGGAGCUGAGCCUGCCCAAGCCACAGAUUGUGAGCUGUUGAUAGUUCCAUGUUUAUUUGUCUCUGAUCGGACUCCUUACUGUCUAUUAGAGAGGAGAGAGGAGACUGGAGCUCCUAGUCCUGGAAAUAAAUGAUCAUAACGAUCCGGUGUACUCCCACAUCACUGACCGGGGACAUACUAUUUUUUUUUCCAUUUGUAAAGUGGGAGUAUGAAUGCCUGCUUCACCAAGGUAUUGUGAUGCCCUUUCAAGUGAAAGGCACUUGAUCAACACAGAGUGUUAUUAGGAGCUGACAUCCGCAGCUAGGAUGGAGAACUUACCUAUAUCGUUGAUUAAAAGACUAGGUUUAAUAGCUAACUGUGUUAGCAUAUCGCUGGAUGUUCUCAGUACUCUCCAAAUUAUUCUUAUUCACAUGGGUCCUCUAGCUUUUUCCACAGGUAGAGAGAGAAUUACAUUGAUGGCCUGAGGGUAGGUCAACAGAAGAUCAGUGGGAUGGGUGAGUGUGGGUACCAGUUACUGUUACUCA